AGCGUCACAUGAUGAUGAGCGUCACAUCCGGGAGGCGGCGCCUGGCGGCGCUAAAUCCUGACUGCUCACAACCAACACUGCAACAGUGGCAAUACUAUGCCUGCCCAUGAGCCAGAUGAGCAUGUGGCUGCAAUUGAGCUUGCAGAAGCUGGCCGUAACCACUUGAUGAAGCUGCAGCAUCAGGGCGAGUCCUCUGUGAUGAGUGCUCUGCAGGCUGGCCGAGUCCGUGGGGUCAUGCAAACUCAUGCAGUGCUUUCCCAAGGUGAUUUGGUUUUUCAAUCCAGCACAUAGGUACCUACGCAGCACUUUUCGCCAGCAUGUCCCUGGAUCCAUAGGCUGGGAAGUGAAACUCACAUUCAACACUCGAAUCGAUUCACUACAAGUCCGGUUCAAUCAUCCUGGUCGCGCCCCAGUAACCAUUCCAGCUGGCCCCCAGCUGCUCUUUUGUAAUCUGAUCAAGGUGCAAGGAGCUCAAAGUCUCCAUGGCGCUCCGCCAGCGCACGCCAGCUGUCCAGCUGCUAACAGUGGUUUUGCUCGCGCUGACAGCUGUCAGCCCCAUCAAAGCGCAGUUUGGAGCAAACGGCACGUUCCACCCGGGCGGGGUGACCAGGAACUUUUCAGUCACUGGCCCAUGGAACUUCAUUGACACUCUGUCCCUGAACUACACCACCCAAGCCCUGCCCCAGUCCUUUGCGCGGGCGCAGUGUCAAACCGGGCAGCCGGCCUACCCUGUAGUGGAGGCGACCAUUGAUGGGGUGCAGCAGGCAAUGCUGGCGGAAAAUCUGACAUGCAGCCAGCUGAUUGCGGCAUAUGUCCAGCGCAUCUCCUAUUACGACCAGAGCACUGGCGUUAACGCGGUCCGCCUGGUCAUGCCGGACCUCGCAAACGUCACUGCCGCAAAGGACGCGCAGCUGGCGGCCGUCAUUGCUUCCGGCAACAACACGCUCCCCGACCUGUUUUGCGUUCCCUUCGUGGUUAAGGAUAACUACGACACGGUUGGCGUCGCGACCGCGAAUGGCGCGGUGGCGCUGCUCGACAACUUCCCCUCAGCGGACGCAACCAUUGUGGCACAAAUCAAGGCUGCGGGAGCGGUAAUUUUGGCCAAGGGCAAUAUGGCCGAGUGGGCCUUCUCGAACGCGGUCUCCAUCGGCUCUGCUUUCGGCAUCGUGCGCAACCCGUACGACACCGAUCGCGUCACCGCAGGCAGCAGUGGCGGCCCCGCGGCCGCGGUCUCCGCGAGCUUCGCCAUGAUUGGGCUCGGUACGGACACGGGCAACUCGAUCCGCGGGCCGUCCGGCCACAACGCGCUGGUGGGCAUUCGCAGCACCAUCGGCAUCACCUCACGGGCCGGCAUCAUCCCCCUCAUUCUGAACCGCGACAUCGGCGGGCCCAUGGGGCGCACCGUCACUGACGUGGCCAAGGUCUUCCAGCACAUCGUGGGCCCCGACCCGACCGGGCGUGACGACGUGACCCUCCGCAGCGCAAACUCUACGCUUAAUCCGUACGGCAUCCCGUCCAACUACACGCAGUUCCUCAACGCGAGCGGGCUGCAGGGCAAAACAAUUGGCGUGCUUCGUAGCCUAGAGUUCAACCCGACGACUAGCCCCGACGGCGAGAUCCAGAACCUGUUCAACCGCGCCAUAAUGGACCUUCAGUCGCUUGGGGCGACUGUCAUUGACAACUUCACUGUAACCGGCAACUCGUUGGGCGACAAGCCGUGGGACGGCCGCAACAGCUGGUACGUGGGUACCGGCGCGAACGGUUCCUUUGUCGGUUUCUCGAACCCGCAGUGCGCCAACUGGAUCGAAGACUUGCAGACGUAUCUCAGCACGGCAGGCAGCAGUUUCAAGACGGUGAAUGACAUUUACGUCAGCGGCGGGUUCCACCCGUCGGUGGUUGGGAGCUUUACCAGCAACAUGAGGAACCAGAACAUCUCGUCGGCCAGCCUGCCAACGGCCAACGGGAUUGCGGCGGGUCAAGUAUGCACCUGCGGGGACGACUUGACAAACCCGUGUCGUGUCGAGUUUCGGACGCGGCUCCUGGCAGCGAUGGACGCCCAAAAUGCGGACGCCCUGAUCUACCCGGGGUGGGCCAACCCGGCGCGUCUGGUCGGCGAUUACGACAGCCCUCUGGGCGACCUUUCGCAGAUCAUCCCGCCCAACACCGGCAUGCCCGGGAUCGUCGUGCCAAUGGGCUACACAUCCCGUGGGCUUCCCGCGACUCUACAGAUUGUCGCCCGCCCUUACGCGGAGCCAACGCUCUUCACGAUCGCAUAUGCAUACGAGCAGGGCACCAAGCGCCGCACGCCCCCGCCCGGUUUCUCGGAAUGCACCGCCAACAGUACGUCCUCGGGCAUCACGUCCAAAGAGGCCUUCCCGUAGACGUGGGCGGAAGCCUCUAAGUUGGAGUCGGAAGAUCUCGUCAAGUAUAAUAAGGGGUGUGCGUUGAUGCUUGCCAUGUUGCUUCCAAACUCUAAACAUCUUGGAUCAAUGAUUAUUGUUUGGGGUUUGAUAGGAAUCUAAAGACUGCUAAAUGAGUAAGGUGCACACAAGUCAGGAUUGCAGAGGGGCUUUACUUAGGCGGAUGACGGUGCCGAAUACAUCGCUUUGAAUGCGAUGCAGUGACCAGCUUAUCAAGCAGCUUCAAAAGAGGGGCUUUGAGGUGAACGAAGUACGAAGAGGAUGCAUGUUGUGUCGAACGGGCUGGGUACGAAAGACACUUCGAAAGAUCUGGAGGCUAAGUUACAUUCAAUGUAUGCACAC